UGACCGCGCGCAGUUUCCCGAUCGAUGUCACAAGUUUCGUCUGUACUGUAGAACGAGUAAGAAAUGAGUGAUGUGUUCCGUGCUGUGAUAUUAUGUGUAUUCAAUUGAGGGAUAUAUUUUGGUACAAGGGAAAUGCCAGGAAUUGUGGUGUUUGGUAGAAGAUGGUCGGUGGGAUCAGAUGAUAUGGUCCUGCCAGCCUUGUUUAUGGUCGUGGUUCAUGUUAUUUGGUUAGCAGCAUUAUCUUAUAUAUUUACAAAAGUGGAAUUUGAUACUUCGUCGCAAUGCUCCAGAGAAUUGAAGGAUAUAGUGUUGGGAUAUAUAGUGAUAUUGUUAGCAUGCCUCAUUGUGGAGAGUAUAGUCACCCUCAUAAGUGUCCGUGGGAGUAUACUAGAUACCGAGCCACGCAUCAGCAUGCAGUACCUGCUGUAUGUGCGCAUAGUCGUGUUCCUGGGGGAGUUGGCGUGGCUGGUUGUCAGUAUCCGAUGGAUUGUACGCUUCUAUUUCAACUGCCGUCCAGAUGAUGCCAGGAAAGCUAUAUUAGGUAUUAGUAUUUUCAAUGGUUGUAUGAUUUUGAUGUGUAUUACUGCGUUGUGGUGUACAUUUGACUCUGCGGGCAGAAAGUGGGUCAAGUUCAAGCGUUACCAGGAAAGCAUGAAGGAGAAAGCGCACAGGUCACGACGGUCAGGGAGCGCUCGUAGAAACUGGAGACAAAGGUUGCUGCAUCCUAGGGACAGGCAACAGCAUUACCAGUGUCAGUAUAUGCAAAGGAAAGCAAUGCGGGCAUAUGAGGAAAGCUGGGACAGGAGAUUAGGACUUAUGUGUUGUUGUGUAGAAAGGAAAGGCCGAAACAAGAAUUCCAUGUCAGAGAUUGCUCAGCUGUUUACAGAGUUUUUCCGAGACUUAGACGUGGUACCAUCAGAUGUUAUAGCUGGGUUAGUACUCCUGAGGAGGUUCCAGAAACUAAGAAUGGAAUUUACGAUAAAUCAGGAGGGAAAUGAUGUAUACCGGUACCUGUCUGGUGUGGCGGUCACCCCUCGAACCCAGUUCCUACAGCUCGGCCAACCAGAGGUGAUGCAGCAGUAUAAACUGGUUAUACACUAUAUGAAGUUUGCCAUGGCAGCGUAUGGUUGGCCUAUCUUUAUGAUGAUGAACACUGGGACAGGCCUAUGCAGAAUAAUGCCAUAUUUAAGAUGCUGUUGUUGUCAGAACUGUUGUAAGAAAGGAGGUGUAGAUUAUGAACUGGAUGACAACUGUUGUCAAUGUAAUGUUGUUGCCCUGAAGAAAAUCAGCGGGCUUCCAGAUAUGGACUUGGUUUAUGUAACUUACCAUGUAGAUAUAGGUGAAACUCCAUUUUAUGUUGCCCUUGAUAACAAGCACAGGAAGAUUGUGAUAUGUGUGAGAGGAACUCUGUCCCUGCAGGAUGUGUUGACAGACUUAAAAGCAGAUGCUGAACCUCUACCGUUGGACCCAACAAAGGAGGAAUGGCUGGGUCAUAAGGGGAUGGUUCAAGCUGCUAUUUAUAUCAAAAAGAAGUUAAAAGAAGAUCUCAUUCUGGCAAAAGCAUUUCAGAAAGCAAAGGAAGUAUCUCAGGAGAAGUAUGAUCUGGUUCUAGUAGGUCACUCACUGGGAGCUGGUACAGCAGCUAUUCUAGCCAUUAUGUUACAACAGGAAUAUCAAGAAGUACAGUGCUAUGCCUACUCCCCACCUGGAGGCUUGCUCAGUUCAGAGUGUGUGGAAGCCACAAAGUCCUUUAUAACAUCAGUUGUGAUAGCUAAAGAUGUUGUUCCAAGGAUUGGGUUACACCAGAUGGAAUUACUGAGAACAGAUCUGAUCAAUAUCAUAAAGAAAAGCAAAAACCCAAAGUGGAAGAUAAUUAUGAAGGCGUUAUGUUGUGGUACAGAGUCUGCUUCACAGUUGACGUAUGAUGAUAUCAAGGAAGAUCUGGAGAGGAACGUUACAAAACAUCCAUCAGAUGAACUAAUUGGUCUAACUGCACAUAAACCAAUGUUCCCACCUGGCAAAAUCAUCCUUGUAGUGAGGAAACAUUCAGGAGAGAAGAAGGUAUGCGGACAAGUUGAGCCAGUCUACCAAGCAAUAUGGGCAGAUAACUCUGAUUUCCAGGAAGUACUGGUAUCACCAACUAUGGUGAACGAUCAUAUGCCAGAUAAUGUGUUAGAAGCUCUUGAAAAGGUGCUUGUGAACGUGGCACCACCGAAGCCGACACGCUUAUUGUCAGAACCGGAGAGGAGUGCCAUGUUGAAACACGAUAUGUCCCCUGGAACCCCCAUAACUCCGUUGAAUCAGUCAGCGACGAACCUUGGGGAUCAACCGACUGUUCAUAUAGUGUGUGAGAAACAGAAAGACCUAAGUAAUGUGCCUGUUGAUGUUUAUAUAAAUUCAAACAAUCAGGGGUGGGAUGCUGCAACAGAGGAAUUAUUACUUAGUCUUGAUAAACAGCAUUUAUUCUCUUCCAUUGGACACAAUGCCAGACUUGAAUUGUUAGAUUUGGAUUCAGAACUUAUCCAGGCACCUCUAGCCAGCCCCGAGGGUUUGUCUGCUGCUUCAAGUUUCAGUGCCCUUAGUAGGACAGGCUCAUUUCCAAAAAGCGAACAAAGGUCGGAGGUUACAGUCGCAAAACUUGCCACUAUUCAGCAAUCUCCAGAUAUAUGUGUGAGAACUGAAGAUUCAACGGAAAAUUUGUGUGAAAUUGAAAACAAAACUGCUAAUUCACUUUUUAAAGCAAAAAGUUUGAACGAGAGUAGAAGUGUAGGAGACUUUUUAAAGAAAAAUCAAUUUUUACAACCUUCAGAUCUCAGUGCUAUUGCGCAUGCUUCCCAAGGUUCGCUGAAUAAUCUAUUGCCAAUUACAGAUUAUGCUAACAGUCAAGAAUCAUUGAAUAAAGACACACACAGUAUAGAUGUUCCAUUUCCUCAGCAGGAUACACCCGCCAUUAAAUCAAAUCAUUUAAACGAUACUGAUGAAGAGAAAAUGAAACAUGAAAAUGAAGAAAAUGAAAAGAUGGAUAACAAAAUAGAAGGUGAAGAUGUAUAUGAACGACAUUCCCCAACGGAAACUACUCAGUAUGGUUACUUCGAUCCCAAUGAGAUAUAUUCGGCAGCCAGUGUCGGGUACCACCCACAACUGCUAGUGGGUGGCACCCAUUCAGUUUCACUUAAACCUUCUGAAAGUCAGAAAUUGAACACACAUCCGGCUAAUAAAAUUUUACAAUACUCACAGUCUGAAUCAAGAUUAAAGGGAUUAUCAGAUGAGUAUCAAAUGAAACGUUCAAUGGAAGAAGGCGACAUUGCACAUUUAGAAGAUACCAGCAAUGUUUUUGUUUAUGAUAAGUUACUGAAAAAGAACUUGAAAGCUCGGGGAAGUGAACCUGCAUUUAAUCCCAAAAGUUUACCAAAGCUCUGUAAUGAAGACAAGCUUUAUUCUGUACAGGAGACGGAAAGUAUUACUUCAGAAAAUUGUGAUACAUCUGAUGGCACUUUUAUUAAUGAGAAGACUUUGGAAAACGUGCAAGAGUAUGGGAGUGAGUGUAAAUCUACUGAAAUUGAUCAUACCUCUGUUGACACUGAAGAUAAUAAUUCUGACUCGGAGCAUAAUGAUAAGACUUGUUUACUUAAAAGAACAGAUUCAGAUUCAGAAGGUAGAACUCUCACCGAAGAGGUCCGACCUAGAUCUGAGACUGGUCAUAGAAAAGAUAACUCUAGUAUAGGUCGUGUUUCAACAUUGAGUAGCCCAGAUGAUAGCGAUACUCGAUUGUUUCAUAGUAACUCAUGUCAUUCUACGUUCGCCAGUUCAACUAGUGGGGGAUCUGAACAGCGCUUGUCUCUUAUUUCAGCUAACUCAGAGGACCUACCUAUUGUAGAAACAGAUGUUUAGAUGCAGAUCUUUAUUAGCCCACCAUCAUCAGAUGGUGGGCUAUUAAAAUCACUCUGCGUCCGUGGUCCGUCCGUCCGUCAUUCCGUCCGUCCGUCCGUCCGUUAACAAUUUCUCGUUAUCGCAUCUCCUCAGAAACUACUGGGGGGAUUUUGACCAAACUUUGUCAGAAUGAUGUAUUGGUACCCUAGUUGUGUCCCCCUGAAAAUCAGACUGGUUCAACAAUUUAUGAGUGAGUUAUGGCCCUUUGUUUAUUUCUAUAUUUUACAUAGAUUUAUAUAGGGAAAAACUUUGAAAACCUUCUUAUCCAAAACCACAGAGCCUAGGGCUUUGAUAUUUGGUUUGAAGCAUCAUCUAGUGGUCCUCUACCAAGAUGAUACAAAUUAUUUCUCUGGGGUCAAAUAUGGCCCCGCCCUGGAGGUCACAUAGUUUAUAUAGACUUAUAUAGGGAAAAACUUUGAAUAACCCCUUGUCCAAAACCACAGGGCCUAGGGCUUUGAUAUUUUGUAUGUGACAUCAUCUAGUGGUCUUCAACUAAGACUAUUCACAUUAUACCCCUAGGGUCAAAUAUGGCCCCGCCCUGGGGGUCAUAUGAUUUACAUAGACUUAUAUAAGGAAAAACUUUGAAAACCUUCUUGUCCAAACCACAAAGCCUAAGGCUUUGAUACUUGUAAUGUAGCAUCAGCUAGUGGUUCUCUACCAAGUUUGUUCAAAUUAUCGCCCUAGGGUCAAAAAUGGCCCCGCCCCAGGGGUCACAUGGUUCAUAUAGACUUAUAUAGGGAAAAGCUUUUAAAAUGUUCUUGUCAAUAACUACAACAUUCAAAUUUGGACCACAUGUAUAUUUUUGAGUGGCAAGAUGACCCUUGACAUGAGUUGACCUUGAUUUUGACCUAGUGACCUACUUUCACAUUUCUGUAGCUACAGCCUUCAAAUUUGGACCACAUGUAUAUUUUUGAGUGGCAAGAUGAACCUUGACAUGAGUUGACCUUGAUUUUGACCUAGUGACCUACUUUCACAUUUCUGUAGCUACAGCCUUCAAAUUUGGACCACAUGCAUAAUUUUGUGCACUGGAAAAAACUUUGACCUUGAUUUUGACCUAGUGACCUACUUCCACAUUUUUGAAGGUACAGGCUUCAAAUUUGGACCAUAUGCAUAGUCCCAUGUUUCAAAAUGAAAUUUGACAUUGAUUUUGACCUAGUGACCUACUUUCACAUUUCUCAAGCUACAGCCUUCAAAUUUGGACCACAUGCAUAGUUUUGUGUACCGAAAAAAACCUUGACCUUCACAUUGACCUAGUGACCUACUUUCACAUUUUUAAGGUACAGGCUUCAAAUUUGGACAACAUGCAUAGUUUUGUAUUCCGAAAUAAAAUUUGACAUUGAUUUUGACCUAGUGACCUACUUUUACAUUUCUCAAGCUACAGCCUUCAAAUUUGGACCACUUGCAUAGUUUUGUGUACCGAAAUGAACUUUGACCUUUACAUUGACCUAGUGACCUACUUUCACAUUUUUAAGGUACAGGCUUCAAAUUUGGACCACAUGCAUAGUUUUGUAUUCCGAAAUAAAAUUUGACCUUGAUUUUGACCUAGUGACCUACUUUUACAUUUCUCAAGCUAUAGCCUUCAAAUUUGGACCACAUGCAUAGUUUUGUAUACCAAAAUGAACUUUGACCUUUACAUUGACCUAGUGACCUACUUUCUCAUUUUUAAGGUACAGGCUUCAAAUUUGGACCACAUGCAUAGUUUUGUAUUCCCAAAUAGAAUUUGACCUUGAUUUUGGCCUAGUGACCUACUUUUACAUUUCUCAAGCUACAGCCUUCAGAUUUGGACCACUUGCAUAGUUUUGUGUACCGAAAUGAACUUUGACCUUAAGAUUGACCUAGUGACCUACUUUCACAUUUCUGUAGCUAUAGGCUUCAAAUUUGGACCACAUGCAUAGGAUUGUGUACCGAAACAAACUUUGACCUUGACAUUGACCUAGUGACCUACUUUCACAUUUCUCAAGCUACAGCUUUCGAAUUUGGACCACAUGCACAGUGUUGUGUACAGAAAUGAAAUUUGACCUUGAGGUAGUCAGUAAGUCUUGAAAUUUGGAACACUCAAAAAUGGCACAUUGGUGGGCGCCAAGAUCACUCUGUGAUCUCUUCUUUCUUUUCAUUUAGCAUUAUAUUAGUUCCAUGCGGGUGUUUCUCCAGAGGAGACUUACAGUUCAAUCAGUAGGUCAGCCACACAAAGUGGGAUCCUGUGGUAACUUUAAAAAUACUCAACAUUUUUUCAUGGAACUUGAUACAUGGAUGGAUGGAAAUAAGGAGAAUAUGUACAUUCUUUUAUUUUGUUUCUAUGGCAGCAAUUGUGCUUGCUAUUGCAACAAUUAGUCAAAAUUUCUGACAACAAAGGUGGACUUUACAGUAGAUAGAAGAGAAGAUACACAUUAUGUUGUUUUUUCUAUUUGUUCAUCCAUUCAUCCAUCUGUCUGUCUGUCUGUCUGUCACAAAUAGUGGAAUUUGUCAUAGCUUAAAAAAGUGCAAGACAUUUUUUCAUGAAACCUUGGACAUAUAAAGAAAUAUGUUGAGUAUGUAGAAAGUUUUAUGUUGUUUCAUUAUCAAUCUCUUAAUCCAUCUGUCUGUCCAUGCCUCACUUACAAAAGAUAGAUCCUUUGUUAACUUCCAAAGUACAGGAAAUUUUCUCAUGGAACAAGACCUCUAGGUACUAUAUUAUUUGGAAAUUGUGCAGGCCCUUCAGUUAAGUUUCAGUUUAAAAAUGUGGUUCAUAUGGCAGCAAAUAUGGCAAAUGCCCCCGUCUGGUAGGAGACUUUUUUGCUGGGCGGUAGUCUUGUUUAUUUUAUAUAUAUAUAUAUAUAUAUAUAUAUAUAUCUGUUAGUGCUUCAGACUGGCUUAAAAGUCACUUAUGAAGAAGGUAACUUAAGGAUUUAUUUGUGUAUCCUUUUAGGUCUUUGAAAAUCACAAAACUUCUAGUGAAAUUACAAAGUCACUUAAUAUAAGUAUUCUAGAAACUGCGUUGUGUAUUUUGUUCUAUUUUUGUAGCAGUUUUGUAUGAUCUAUACUCAAAGAUUGUCUUCCUCUUUGCUGAGACCAACCAAUCCCUCGGGAUUCUGAAGAUGUUAUAAAACUUGUUAUCCAUACAUUUCUCCUUCUAAACAGAAACUUGGAGUCACUGUAGUUUUCAUUAAAUAGAUCAUUGAUUAUUUUUCUAAGCAGACAUUUAUAAAUGUAAUACAAAUGUAUAAAUCCCACACGAUAACUCAAACGAUAACAUGUUUGAUAAUUAUGAUUUUUUUUUUCAUUAAAACGUUUCAAUACAGAAAAUAUUUUUGUAUAACAUUACAGUAUGCACUUUACUUCUAUCAUUGACAACCUUUUUAAGUUCAACGAUGCAUGAGAACCAUAACAAUCAAAGGAUAAUAUAAACAUGCUGUCGUUUAAAUUAUCGUGCGGGAGUAGUACUUGCAAUUUCCAUGACUAUUGUUAUUUUUAUUAUCAUUAUUUUUAUCAUUAUUUACUGUUGUUAUUAUUAUCAUACAGGCAGUUGAAUAUUCUACAUCACUUGGAAAGUUUGAAUUUAUUAGGCACUUUAUUUCUGAAUCUCUGUGUUUUAAGAGUUUAUUCUUAUCAAAGGGUCUUCAUGGUUCCUAAGCAGAGGAUUUUCUGCAAUGGGUCAUUGUUCAAAUAUUGACCUGUAUCACAUCCUUGGUCAUUUUGCUAGAAUUCUACCAGUAAAACAUGCUAUUUAUAGUAAAUUAUGGUAAAAAAUCAUCAAGUAGUGGUUUUCUUCCAUUAAGUUGUAUUAUUUCAUGACUUGUAAAUUCCCCUUAUCUCAUUGGUCAAUAGCUGUUCACAUAGAGGUUAAGUGUAGGCAUAAAAUAAAACACUUUAUGAUGAUAUCUGAGAAUAUUUAAGUCUGUGGACCUAGACUUCUGUUUUGCAGGUCUUUUCUUCAAUAAAAUGUACUACUUACAGUUGAACUGUGGUCAAAGAUCAUCAACUAUUGUUUUUCUGGCAUUCUUCAAUUAUUGAAAAAGACCAUUAACAAGUGUGAAUUUCUUACAUUUAAAAAGGAAAGCCUAUGUCCUCGGCAUUUUAAAUGUGGAAUUAAUCAAAUUUAAUUUAUUCUCCUCUGCUUGUUCAUUUUUUUUUGUACUGAAGAUUGUUAUUCUAUCAAAGCAGAAGAGAAGGGUUUUGUAUGUAAAACAAAUUGUAUGUAAUUGUGAAGUCCCACUAUUUAUGUUUUUACAAAAAAAAAGACGUUUUAAAGUGCUAUAAGUUGAAUUUCAGUGCAAUAUAAUAUAUCUGCAAACCUCUGAAUGUUUGCAGAAGUGUUCAUUUAUAUACAAAAUACCAAAGUUAUGUGCAAUUUAUAUACCUUUUAACUUAAUGCUGUUUUUGGAUCUUUCUGAGAAAUGGAAUGUUUCUGAGAUUGAAAUUCGUAUCAUUUUGUCCUUUUCUUACUAUAAAGCUAAAGUAGAACUGCAGAUUCCAGGGUGUGAAAAAUAUGUUAUACUAGAUAUUGUGUGAACCUAGAGGAUUUUGACGACAAUUUCUCACAAGCCGGUAAUCUGAAAUUGCAGUUUUGAAAGAUCAGUUAUUUUAUAUUUUUGCAAGAGGAUAUAUAUUUUAUUUUAUUAACAAUAAGGUUUUUAUAUGGUGAAUACAGACAUGUAUCUUUUAGUAUCAAUACAUUAAUGCUUUUAAAGAAUGUGAGAAACUUCCACAUUAAGGACUUUUUUCAAGAGUAUGGGAAAUAAAAUGUAAUCUGAUCUCAGUAUUUGGUGUAUGUGACGGUAUAUUCAGUAAUCUUUUAUCAAAAGUUUUUUCCUGUGUACAGUUCCUUCAAAUGUACCAAGACUAAGCUGAUGCCAUGUUAAAGCCAGUCAAACACAUCUGGUAAACUACUAAUAUUAACCUUAGAAUCGAAGAAUUCUUUCAUUGUUAUUUUUCUUUCCUGUAGAUUAUGCAAAAUUGUGUUAGUUUCAUUGUUCAGUAAUUAUUCAUUCAUGCAUAAUUUAGUAUACUCAAGUCAAAAGUUAGAAAUAUGAUCCAAAAAGUUGUUAUGCUCUUUAAAUUUUAUUGUUUAUUUUGCCAUGACAACAUACAUGUAAUAUUUAACUUGCUUUAACUUUAUAUUAUUUAUAAUGUUCAACUUGAUUACGGAAUACGUUCUGUUGCGUACAGCCUUCCUAUAACCUUUUUAGAAUUUUGAUUGAAUAAUAUAGUUUUGGUUUAACGUCAAACAAACACAGUUAUAGAUCGUAUGGGAACUUUCCAGCUUUUUGUGUUUGAAGAAAACCCGAAAUGCCCUUCCGAGCUUCAUUUCAGGAUGGGCACCAGGGUAGAACGAUUGGCAUUCUGCCAGCCAGCUGGAUUGCUUCCGCACAUGAAAGAAUAUUACACACAGAGAGUGAGGUUUACGAAACCACGGUGGUGAGGAGCCAGUGAUUCGAGAUGAACAGUCUUACACCACCUGGCCGAUGAGACCUGUGAAAUUUGAAUGAAUGUUAAUACAGUUUCUACCAUUUCAAGGCAAAUUUUAAGAUUAAAAAAUAUUUCUUGAAUCUCUGACUGGAUUUGAAGUAUUGGUGCUGUAAAUUUGGUAAAUUUUGUGUCAUUUUUUGUGAUUUUAUAGACAAAACAGAAUAUUCAUAUUAACAUUUGUAUAAAUUCAAACCUCAUAGUUUGUCAAGUUUUAUAGAUAAGGUUGCUUUAUUUUCAGUCAUUUUUGAUCUUCAUUAUUUUAACAUCAGGAUUUCUUACUGACCAAUCAGAGCUGCAAUUUUGAGUACCUACCUGUUUCAACUUGGUUAAAAUGAAGCCAUCUUACAAUGAAUAUAGUGAUUUUUGAAAUAAAUACCACACUAUUUCGAUAUGAAGUUCAGUUUAUUGACCACACAUGCCCUAGAGGAUGUCACAAACUACAGAAGUUCAAAGUUUGAUAAAUACUGAUAAAUACUAGACAGACUUGAUACUUUGGUUUUAAUUUAAAUUAUGAGAAUUUGAACAGGGAUUCUACGGUAAAGCCUGAGUGAAGUGAAACCGAUACCCUAGUGCAACUGGUAUCGUUCCAUGAUGUUGUGGACAUGUAAACCCUUACCAUGCUGGACACAAUUGAUUCUGCCUUUGCGAACAGUGAAGAUCAUGAUCAGCCAGCACAUCCAUGCAGUCUGAUCAUGAUCUGCACUGUUUGCCAUUCAGUCAGUAUCUUUUUGGUAAGCACCCCUUUUGACAGUUAAUGGUACUGUCCGAAUUGAAAGAUGGACAAGAUUAUAGAAAUUCAGCAGGGUAAAGGUUAAAACUAUGAAAUGUGUGAUGCUCUGUUUAGGAAUGUAAGCAGUAAUAAAUGUAUUGCAAAAAUUAUCAAAUCUACAGGUCGGAUAUUAUUUGUGUUAUAAAAGUUCUAUUAACACAAAUAACUGGGAACUGUGUGACUCCUUAAAUUCAAACAGCCAUUUAUAUUAACGAGAGUUAUCUUUCAAAUUACAACUACAAUGUACCAUAAAGCUGAUAAUUUUCAAAGUAUGAAAAAGACAGCGAAAAGAAAAAUCCAAAAAGAAAUUUCUGUAAUUUGCUUAUUGUGUAUCAUUUUCACAUUCCAUAUAGUUUUCUAUGCUCAGAGCUCGACAAAAUUCUCUGAAAGCAAGUCAUUCUGCAGGACAAUUUGGCUAGAAUUUUUAAUCACCUUGCUGCAAUUUGUAUUUGCCCUGCAAUCCACUAAGGAAACACUUUUUUUAUUUACAAUAUUUAUUUUAAAGUCUGGUGAAAAUAUUACAUACUGGAAUCUUGGCGUAAACUAUUGAGCAUCUAGUUAAUGUGAUCAUAGUGCUGAACUGUAAUGAAAUGGGACAGAUUUUUAGCUCGACUAUUUAAAGAAUAGUCUAGCUAUUCUACUCACCCUGGUGUCGGCGUCACACCUUGGUUAAGUUUUUGCAUGCAAGUACAUACAGCUAUCAUUUAAAGGCAUAUAGCUUUGAAACUUAUUUUUUCUUUUUCUAGGUCAAUUACCAACCUCACUGGGUCAAAUUCCAUAACUCUAACAUGUAUUUUGAGCAAAUUAUGCCCCUUUUUGGACUUAGAAAAUUCUGGUUAAAGUUUUACAUGCAAGUUACCUUCUCUAAAACUGAUGCAGAUAUUGAAUUGAAACUUCAUAUGUAUCUUCGGGGUUAUAAAACUAGUUGAUAGCAGCAAGUCCCAUAACUCUGACCUUCAUUUUGGCCAAAUUAUGCCCCCUUUUGGACUUAGAAAAUUCUGGUUUAAGUUUUGCAUGCAAGUACAUACAGCUAGUACUAAAAGGCAUAUAGAUUUGAAACUUAUUUUUUCUUUUUCUAGAUCAAUUACCAACCUCACUGGGUCAAGUCCCAUAACUCUGACAUGUAUUUAGGGCAAAUUAUUUCCCCUUUUGGACUUAGAAAAUUCUGGUUAAAGUUUUACAUGCAAGCUACUAUCUCCAAAACUAAUACAGAUAUUGAAUUGAAACUUCAUAUGUAUCUUCGGGGUUAUAAAACUAGUUGAUAGCAGCAAGUCCCAUAACUCUAAUUUGCAUUUUGGUCAAAUCAUGUCCCCUUUUGAACUUAAAAUAGUUGAGCUUGGCUGUCUUACGGACAUCUUGUUUAGUUGGGAACAGUGAGUCAGCUUCAUUUUUGAGUGAUUAGACAUCCAUUUUCUGCUUGGAUUUUGAUUUAUUACAUUUUUGGUCUCAUCCUGCAGGAUGUUUUACAUGCUAGAAGCAGAUUUCCAUUAAAAUUUUACGAGGGGACUAGUUGCCGAGCUCUGAUGUUAUGCCAUUUUUUUAUGCAUAUCAUUUUAUUCCACAAAAGAAAUGUAAAAGAGGAAAAAUUAUUAUGGCUGUACUAAAAAAACUUUCAUCUAUUUAUUUUCUGUGUUGUUUUAGUUUAUUAGAGUUUUAAUUUUAUGUUUCUGGUUAUUACUGGUGUGUUAUUUUAUCAAUUUUGAUGUUAGAGGAGACGUACUACUUAUUUUGCUCACUUAUGUGUAUACAAAGUAAAUGUAUGUUUCGUUGUUAAUGCUUGAACAAAAAAUAAAUGUUUUAAUAACUGA